GUCGAUCGCCAGUCAGUCGUUUCUUUUUCUCUCGGGCGUAAACAUCAGCAGCAAUGGAAUUUUUGCUGGCUCUGACAGUGCUUCUGAUAUAUAGUAUAGAUCCCACAAACGGACGAUGCGACAGAGUCUUAGGUUUUCAACACGGCUCGACCCAAAGCCGCUCUCGCAACAUUGUGAGAUUCCGGUGCGAUCGGGGAUACAUCCUGCAGGGCAAUAUGAUGCAGACCUGCGAUCAAAGUGGUCGUAUUCGCGGGGAGAAACCCUUCUGUGCCAGGAGAGGUUGCGAAGAGUUGGAGCAACCUGAGAACGCGUUUGCCAUUCUGGGUGACCUGAAGACCGAGAUCGUGUGCAAGGAUGGCUUCGUGCUGGUCGGGAGUCGCACCGCCUUCUGCGACGGCAGCGAGUGGAGCACCCAGCUGGGCUCCUGCCGCAGGAGCAACCACUCGGAGGACCACUCCUGCGACUUCGAGAGCGAGGACCAGUGCGGCUGGGUGGCGGAGCAGUCCUUCCGGACGCCUUGGCGACGGGUCAGCACGGUGGCCGAGUUCCACGCGGUGCGCACGGGUCCCCGGCACGACCACACCUUCAUGAGCGGCGCGGGCGGCCACUACAUGCGCAUGGAGACCCAGAUGGGCGCCUACGGGAGCUACCACUUCGUCUCGCCGGUCUACCCCAGGUCCCUCAGCCUGAAGACCGCCUGCUGCUUUCGGUUCCACUACUUCAUGUACGGCGACGGCGUCGGCAGCCUGGUGGUCUCCGUGAAGCCCCUCUCGAUGCGGCUGACCGACAUGUGGAGCAGGUUCAGGGCCAAUUCCAGUAAAUUCGAAAUCAGCGGAGAGCAGGGACCAGUGUGGCUGGAGCACACGAUCACCAUCGACGAGAUGCAGGAGGACUUCCAGGUGAUCUUCACGGCCACGGAUGCGAGGGCCCGCUUCGGAGACAUCGCCAUCGAUGACGUCAAGCUGAUGACGGGGAGCGAGUGCGGGAUGGACGGCUUCACAACCACCACAGAGCCACCGGCGCCGACGGUCGACAGCGAGUUUGCGCUGGUCGUCGACAUGAUGAACUGCUCGGGACGCUGUGACACCCCAAAUCCUGGAUCGCAGAUAAGACGUGGCUCCAUCAUCUUGGGUUGUGCCUGCGAUGAUUCCUGCCUUGCGGAGGGAAGUUGUUGCCUGGACUACCUCGAGGAGUGCACCAAGGAGCUGGAGACAACGCCAGAUGAUGAACUGGGCUCGACUACGCUUGCGACAGUGACAACAACCACGAAGAAGCCAACAACCAGCACUUCCACUACGACGACGAGCACCUCAAGGAAACCGCCAACAACUAGUACUACAACCACAACAUCUACAACAACAACAACAACAACCAGAAGGACAACAACAUCGACCACAACAACGACACCAAAGCCAACCACAACCACAAAGCGGACAACAACCACUAAAGCGCCGACAACAACAACGAGGAAAGCACCAACAUCAACAACAACAACAACGACUUCAACAACACCAAAAACUACAACCACAAGAAAAAUCUAUACAACACAGAAGACAACAACCACAACAACACAAAAGUCGACCGCCAAAACCGUUGGCACAACAACAACCACGCCGAAAUCAACAACGCAUUCAACACCCACUACCCAAAAGACUGCAGCAAUCGACACUCCCGAGCGGACCGAAAAGCGCUUCACUUGGAAGGUCAACCCGCAGGACAUCGCUGGGCCCGUGGACACCACCCACAGGGCACCCAAUCCUGCGCUGAUUGCCGGCCUGCUCAUUUGCGUGGUCCUGGUGAUCGUCCUGGCCAAUGUCGCCCACCGCUGGCUGAUCCCACUAAGUCGCAACAGGCGGAACACCGAGAAGGCCGUUUCUUUCCAGAGGGCAUUCGAGAGUCUGAGGACGCGGAGCAGAUCGUCCGGGAAUCGGUCACGAAAUAGCAUGGAACAGGCGCUAUGCGAUACUGAUAACGAGGACGGAGAUUACUUCGAGGAAAUGGGCGUGGACAUACGCAAUGUUUCCGAUCUAUGAGGGUGCUGACUCACCAGCGAACCGAUAAUCUCAACCUUUGUUCGGGAAGUUAUGUGCGCAAGAGUGUUAAGAAGAAAACAAAUAAAACGUUUAUAUAAUA